AUGGACCGACGCAACAGCAACGACGACGAGCCAUCGCGGCGGCUGAGCAACCCCGAUAUCUUUGGCGACGACUACGAAAUCGACCCGGACGAGGACGAUUUCAUGCCCUCAGUCUCGGAUGGCUUCCGACCGGCCAACACGAGCGAGGCAUGGCAGGGCGGCCGCCAGAACCACGACCGGAUAGGCGACGCGCCACAACGACAAGCAUCGACAUCCAAGCAUCCCGAGAGCGACUUGCGCAGGACGGCAACGCGAAACAGCACCGCCAAGGUGCGGGACUCUAUGACACAAGAUGGCCGACCACCCCUCAACCGUGGGCCCAGCCACCACUCGCCCCUUGCACAUCGCGACUCAGUGAGCUCUGCCGGGUCCUUUGCAACGACCAGCAAUUCUGAGAAUCCCUUUGAGACGGGCCCCAGCCAUCCAUAUGGCAUGUAUCCUCAGCUGUCAAUGGCACGGCCACUUAGCGUAGCAACAAGCUCCACCGAGCGCCAGCCGCAUCGAUCAAUGUCACUGCAACGGCCGACACACCCAUACGCCAUGUACUCGCAAAGCGGUAUUGUCGACCAGGAGUCGCCAGACGAGCCAGCCCAGGCGCCUGUGCCUCAGGUCCAGUCGGCUAUUCCCGUGGGAUUUCCGGGCCUGAACAACGGCUAUCACAGAGUCCUCGGACCUGAUGGCGAGGAGCAGGACAUCAUCGGGCCCGACGGACACACAGAGCAGCUUCCACCCUACUCAAGGUAUCCAGAAGAAGGUCCAACCAAGGCGUCUUUGGCAGCCGAGGCAAGCGCUUCGUCACGUGUUAUUCCUGCUCCUGUGCAGGUCGACGCAGAGGAUCCAUUCAACACCCCCGCAUCACCCGUCUCGCCGCUGAGCACUACUUCAUUCUCGCCACCUCCUCUACCUGCCGCCCCCCUGCUACCUUCUGUCACACCUGCCCGCCUACCACCUCAGAGACCCGAAACCCAGACUGGUAAUCUGGCUCCUGCCAACUCCAACUCCACCUCAGCGCAAAGCGGCACUGUUCCGGCCGACGCUUCUGACUCGUCUUCUGCAUCUUUGUUGGCGACGGAGAACCACUUCUCAGAGAAGGCGGAGCCAGUCGAGGGCAAGGUCAGUUGGCGGAAAAGGAAGCUAUGGGGAAAGGUGCCUAUGGGCGUGGCCCUUGUGGUUCUCAUUCUUAUAUUGGUCUUUGCCGUCGCUCUCGGCGCAGCUAUUGGCACCUUUGCUGCCAAGAAACAUGACGACAAUGACGAUCAAGAUGAGAGCAAAAGCCCUCAUGAGGAAGCCCAACCCCAAGUUACAGGUCAAAACGGGUCACUCUUCGACGCAGUUCCCAUCUCGACUCCGGCUGGACUGUUACCACUACCGACUGGCGCUUUCGCACUUCCUCUAGGUAUACCACAAGAGAGCAACCCUGGAUGCCUAACACAAGCGAACCAAUACUCCGCAUGGUCAUGCAAGAUGACUUUCGCUCCCCUUGUCAUAACGAUCAACGACACUGUUAUUGCUGGUGAAACUCAGCAAGUCGCGUCUAUGGGUAUUGGUCCCUCUGUGCCCCAAGGUUCCAUACUUUACGGUCUUCAGACUCCUUUACUUGAUGCCAAACCGAUGGAACUAGUGCUUGACCUAGACUACAAAGCUUAUGGUCCAGCCUACCAUUUUUCUGCCCGAUACGACAAAAUCGUUAUCCUGCCACCCGAUGAGCUCAAUUUUGGGUCAGGGCUCACAAAGCGACAGGACAACAAAUACCGGCAGCGUUUCGAGGUCAAACCUGGCGACUAUCCUUGGUACUGCUACUGGAAUAAUACCUAUAUCGAGGGUUAUAUCUAUUCUGAUGACAACUCCACAGCUGCUUCUUUCACGUCGUUUCCCACUCAAUGGCCUACGCCCACACCUGAACCAACUGACGAUGGUGAUGUAAACAUCGCCGUGGCAUCGUCAGUCGGUAGUUCUGCAAGCCCCACGCAGACUACCGAGGUGUCUGCAACGCCUUCGCCUGUCAAUCUGGCAGUGCCAGCCCCAGUUGCGGCACGAGAUUCCGCUUCAGAUGCCUCUUCCCCGCCUCGUAUGCCACCUUAUCCCCGGAUCGUCAAGAUUGAAGAACGCCGCCUCCCCGAUUCGCCGCAACCGUACUGCCAACAAAUGCUCCUGCUCGACAAUUACGAGAUAACACCAGCACCCAGCCCGAACGACAGUCCCAUCAGAAUAUGGCUGCAAGAGUCAGAUCCUAGCUAUGAAGAGUAUUUCGCUGCUCAGCCCUCUCAAACAAUCACGUUCGACAGAAAGGGUAAGCGUGAAAGCUCUCCCGAUAUACAGCGCCGUAUGGAUCCUUCGGAUGCCUGUCACUGUCAGUGGAUGUUUAAGUGA